GUGCUGGUUGCCACACCCAAUGAAUAUCUCUAAAGAGAUCAUGCAGACUGCUGAUAAAACCUUUAUUCAGCUGCAUAGAAUCAACUAUCACUGUUGCAUUUAGUGAUCAAGUCGGGAGUUUUCUUCUUAAGUCUCUGGGGGAAAAAAAGGCAUCGUAUGCUGAUCACCGUUGUUGGCUUUAAGCACAGCAUCUCUCUGUAGGCGCAUCGACCUGACAGGAAAGCAUGACAGGUGCUGCCCAGCUUCUCCUGCUGUGCUGCCUCCUGCAAGGUAGUUUAUGCGAGAACUGGGGAACCUUCCUUCCUGAGAGACUGGAGGGACUCAGUGGGUCCUGUGUGAUGAUCCCCUGCACUUUCAGCAUUCUCUCAGAGUAUGAUACAAAGCUACAGGAUGAUGAUACCUGUAUAGCCAAAUGGAUCACAGGCUCUACGAGUGGGCCAACGGUGUUCAACUCGGGCCUCACUGCAAACGGAAACACUCUGCAAGGAAACCUGACGGGAAACCUGCGUGCAAAGAAUUGCACCACCGUCUUCCACAACAUGUCGCCACAAGAUAAUAACAAAUAUUACUUCAGACUGGAGUGUAAGAGCCCUUUCAAGUUCAUCCUAGAUAAAAACGUCCAGAUCACCAUCACAGAUUCACUUCCUAAACCGUCCAUAACUCCACCCCCGGUCGAGGUGAAGGAAGGAGAUCCAGUGAGGUUGGAGUGCUCGGCUGUAGCUCCCUGCCCCCUUCUUCCCCCGGCUCUCACUUGGACCCCUGCUAUCGGCGACGUUAAGGAGAACCAACAAAGUGCAUCCGUGAGCUCCGUUCUGAACUUCACUGCUUCCCGCCUCCACAACGGACAGAGGUUACAGUGCUCUGCUCUCUACAGACGACAGGCUGGACACAGUGACCUUCAGUAUGAAAAUAAUCUGACCCUCCGCAUUCUUUAUCCCCCUAAGAACACCUCGGUGUCAGUCGACCCCUUUGGUCCGGUGCCGGAUGGCAGCUCCGUCACUCUGACCUGCACCAGCGUCGCCAAUCCAGCAGCAGCCAACUUCAGCUGGUUCAGAUUUGCCGGAGGAGAGAAGGAGCUGAUAAGCUCCGAGCGAGACUUCACUUUCAAUGUGACCAAACUCUCGCACGACCAGUACGUCUGUAAUGCUCUGAAUGUCCACGGAGACGAUGACUCAGAGCUCGUCAGUAUUGAUGUCACAUUUGCUCCACAGAUUCUGCCUUCUUCACGCUGUGUCAGCAUUGGUUCCCUGAUACGAUGUGACUGUAACAGCCAGGGGAACCCUCCUCCCUCUCUUUUUUGGGAAUUGCCUGGGAAGGCUGUCGAUCACUCUGUCAUCCCAACCAGGGAAGUUCCCCUUGGGAGUUUGGUCAUGUGGAGCCAAAUCACCGUGAACUAUUUGGACGAAGACGUGCUCUCUCUAGUCUGCCUUAGUAACAACUCUGUGGGCUCCGAUCGCUUCGUAUUCAACGUGUCCUCCACCAACACUACGCCAGGCCUCUAUCCUUUGUCUCUAUUAAUCGGCUCUUUGGUGGGAGCCAUCGGGACGAUGCUGGUGUGUGGGCUCAUGUUACUGUUCUUCUUCAGAAAGGGAAAAAUACGACUUCCAACAAAGAAGAGAUCGCAGAACAACGUUGUAGUUGCUGAUGAGACCAGCUCAUCAAACGUCAGUGUGAUUUAUGACAAUAAAGCCAUUCUGGAAGAGAAUGAGGAAGAAUCUCUUCACUACGCCAGUCUGGACUUUGCUAAACUCAAAGAUAAUUCAAGGGGUGAGCUCGGGGAAGAGGAGGUCAGAGGCCUGGCCUCUAAGACGUCUGAGUAUGCAGAGAUCCGUCUGUCCUCCAGAGGAAGCAAUGGAGGACACACAAGGGAGGAAGAGACGGAGGCUGACGUCCAUCAGGGGGAAGGGAUGUUGGAAAGCAUGACAGGUGCUGCCCAGCUUCUCCUGCUGUGCUGCCUCCUGCAAGGUGGUUUAUGCCAGAACUGGGCGAGCUUCAUGCCUCAGAGACUGGAGGGACUCAGUGGGACCUGUGUGAUGAUCCCCUGCACUUUCAGCAUUCUCCCAACAUUUGAUCAAUACCUGGAUGAUACCUGUGUAGCCAUUUGGAAGACAGGCUCUACGAGUGGGCCAACGGUGUUCAACUCGGGCCUCACUGCAAACAGAAACACUCUGCAAGGAAACCUGACGGGAAACCUGCGUGCAAAGAAUUGCACCACCGUCUUCCACAACAUGUCGCCAAAAGAUGAUAACACAUAUUACUUCAGAGUGCAGUGUAACAACGACUUGAAGUACAACUUUCCAACAAACGUCCAGAUCACCAUCACAGAUUCACUUCCUAAACCGGCCAUAACUCCACCCCCGGUCGAGGUGGAGGAGGGAGAUCCAGUGAGGUUGGAGUGCUCGGCUGUAGCUCCCUGCCCCCUUCUUCCCCCGGCUCUCACUUGGACUCCUGCUAUCGGUGACGUUAAGGAGAACCAACAAAGUGCAUCCGUGAGCUCCGUUCUGAACUUCACUGCUUCCCGCCUCCACAACGGACAGAGGUUACAGUGCUCUGCUCUCUACAGACGACAGGCUGGACACAGUGACCUUCAGUAUGAAAAUAAUCUGACCCUCCGCAUUCUUUAUCCUCCAAACAACACGUCAGUCAGCCACUCGGGUCCCGUGAUAGAGGGCACCUCGGUCAACUUGACCUGCAACACCGACGCAAAUCCGGCCGUGGACGAGUUCACCUGGUACAAAGUGGAUGGAGGUCAGGUGGUGGCAGUGGGUUUCCACGCUUUGCUCUCCACUAAUGUCUCAGAGGCGGACAGCAGGUUCUUCUGCCAAGUCAGUAACAGAUAUGGAAGCCAGAACUCGUCCACCACUCAGAUAGACGUACAGUUUCCUCCCAAGGGAACCACAGUCAUUGUCCAACCCGACGGUCCCAUACUGGAGGGCGUCUCUGUUUCUCUGCUCUGUAAGAGCCGUGCGAACCCCCCCGUGACCAACUACACCUGGUACAAAGAUGAUGAGGAGGAGGAGGAGGAGCCUGGGUCGAGCUUGAAACUAGGCGCCGUGGACCCGAGCCAAAUCGGUCUCUACCGCUGUAAGGCCAGAAACGAUCUGGGGGAGGAUCAGUCAGCAGCAAUCCAGCUGGACAUUCAGUAUCCCCCUCAGAACACCUCGGUGUCAGUCGACCCCUCUGGUCCGGUGCCGGAUGGCAGCUCCGUCACUCUGACCUGCACCAGCGUCGCCAAUCCAGCAGCAGCCAACUUCAGCUGGUUCCGAUUUGCCGGAGGAGAGAAGGUGCUGAUAAGCUCCGAGCGAGACUUCACUUUCAAUGUGACCAAACUCUCGCACGACCAGUACGUCUGUAAUGCUCUGAAUGUCCACGGAGACGAUGACUCAGAGCUCGUCAGUCUUGAUGUCACAUUUGCUCCACAGAUUCUGCCUUCUUCACGCUGUGUCAGCAUCGGUUCCCUGAUACGAUGUGACUGUAACAGCCAGGGGAACCCUCCUCCCUCCCUUUUUUGGGAAUUGUCUGGGAAGGCUGUCGAUCACUCUGUCAUCCCAACCAGGGAAGUUCCCCUUGGGAGUUUGGUUAUGUGGAGCCAAAUCACCGUGAACUAUUUGGACGAAGACGUGCUCUCUCUAGUCUGCCUUAGUAACAACUCUGUGGGCUCCGAUCGCUUCGUAUUCAGCGUGUCCUCCGCCAACACUAAGCCAGGCCUCUAUCCUUUGUCUCUAUUAAUCGGCUCUUUGGUGGGAGCCAUCGGGACGCUGCUGGUGUGUGGGCUCAUGUUACUGUUCUUCUUCAGAAAAGGAAAAAUACGACUUCCAACAAAGAAGAGAUCGCAGGACAACGUUGUAGUUGCUGAUGAGACCAGCUCAUCAAAAGUCAGUGUGAUUUAUGACAACAAAGCCAUUCUGGAAGAGAAUGAGGAAGAAUCUCUUCACUACGCCAGUCUGGACUUUGCUAAACUCAAGGAUAAUUCAAGGGGUGAGCUCGGGGAAGAGGAGGUCAGAGGCCUGGCCUCUAAGACGUCUGAGUAUGCAGAGGUCCGUCUGUCCUCCAGAGGAAGCAAUGGAGGACACACAAGGGAGGAAGAGACGGAGGCUGACGUCCAUCAGGGGGAAGGGAUGUUGUCAUAGGAACAGGACUUUAUCGUAUCAGCAGAGCUGUGGAGAUAGAAACCACACUGCAGGCCUCCUUAUACAACGCGAGUAAUGCCUCACACUCGCGGCUUCAAGCUUAGCUCUCAACUUUUUGCCACUUUAUUUCAUUAUCUCGUGUCUCUUUGCUGAAAAAUGCACAGCAGGAGAAGCAUAUCAAUGAAAAACAUUUAGUGUUCAACCAUCCAACAGUAAAUGCUGCGUAUAAAGUCAUUGCUGAUGCUUUUCUACGUCAUUCACUUCAAUAGAGUCACAUUUGUCAUGUUACUGUUAUUAUAAUACUAAUAAUAAUGUAUUUCAUUUGUAUAGGGCUUUUUCAAAUGCUCAAUGUCAGUUGAUACAAAAUAUUAAAUGUUUACAUUUGAUAUUUCAAUUCUAGCUUUUGUCUUAAAGCUCUGCUUAGUUAUUAAUUGAAACCUUUGAUGAGAGCUACUUUUGGGAAUGUUUUUUAAAGAACUCUAACAUAAAAGCUGUUCCUUUGGAAAAUAUACAGGAGUAUUUAACAGAUUGUUUCCAGUAUUUCAGAAACAAGCCUCAGUAACGUUUAAAGCCAUGUCAUGUUUUUUGGGUAUGUAAAUAAAUAUUCAAAAUGGA